UCCCCUACUUGUUGUUAUUUCUUCUCCCUCUCUCUCUUAAGUACUCUUCCUUAUUCUUCUAUUUUUGUGCCAAGUUUAGAAUCAAAGAUCUUUUCUUUCUAAAUAUGGGGUGCUAAAUGAUUGCUUAUUCUUUUUUGUACUACUUUCUCAACAUGGUAAUAAUAUGUGGUAGUAAAUAACAUAAGAAGUUUGGGUUGUUGAGGAUGCACAUGAACUGUUUGUUAUAUGUUCUUGUCUGUUAUAAAGGGUACUUCUCCAUUUCAAUCCAUCCAUUUGGGUCACCUUGAUUGGGCAAAGAUUCCAAAAGGGUUUUUCUUUGCUUGGUUCAAACCCUGCAUGCUUUUCUUUGGAUUUGAUAUACUGUUUGGUAUCUUUUUAUUUGGGUAAUCAGAUUCAACUGGCUGAUCACUUUUAGUGGAGUCUAUAUCUCAAACACCUUUCUUCACCUAUAAGGUUCGAAUCAAAGACCGUGGUUAAGAGCUUUUUGUCAAUUUAAAAAGUAAAAAAAGAACUUUUUUUGAAUAUUUUUCAGCUUCCCUUAUUUGAGAAUAGAGAUUUGGAUCAAUAUGGUGAUGGUUAUGUUUUCAUUUCUCUAGCAUUUGGUAUUAUUGUUUAGUGAAAAGAUAUGAAGAACAUUCUUAAGAAGCUUCAUAUCAUGUCUAAGCAAUCACAAAAUGAACAAGGGUAUUCUUCAUCAGAGGGAAACAAGUUCAAUCAUGGUUCAAUAUCCAAUUCUAAGAGGCUUUUCAGUUCUAAGUCCUCUGAAAGUUCUGAGCAUAAACCUUUUCUUGGGUUAUCAAGUUUGUUGCAUUCAGUUGCUAAUAGGAAGAGUUUUAGUUCAAAAUCUUUGAACCAAGGAAAAGUUGAGAGGAUGGAGACAUCUGAUUCAGUGAGCAGUGUUGGUUUGGAUGUUUUGGAUUCGCAUAAGCGUGAUUCAAGUUGUUGCGGGACUGUUUCCAGGGAUCAUGAAGUAGAGGAAGAGUAUCAAUUGCAACUUGCUUUGGAGAUGAGUGCAAAGGAGGAUCCUGAGGCUGUGCAGAUUGAAGCUAUUAAGCAGAUGAGUUUAGGGUCUUGUGACCCUUAUUACACACCAGCUGAAAUCGUGGCAUAUAGAUAUUGGAAUUACAAUGCUCUUGGUUAUGAUGACAAAGUCAUGGAUGGCUUCUAUGAUCUAUAUGGGAUCUUAACUGAUUCAAACACUGCAAGAAUGCCUUCCCUUAUAGAUCUGCAAGGAAGAAGACCAAUCUCAGGUAGUGUCACAUGGGAAGCUAUUUUGGUUAAUAGGGCUGCUGAUUCUAAUUUGUUGAAACUUGAGCAGAAAGCCUUUGAGCUGACCGUCAAAUCAAGACGUGAUUCGGAAGUAGUUAUCGAUACCGAUUUGGUUCGCACACUUGCAGUAUUUGUAGCUGACUAUAUGGGUGGACCAGUUAGAGAUCCUGAAAGCAUGACAAGAGCAUGGAGGAGUCUUAGUUACAGUCUUAAAGCAACUCUUGGUAGGAUGGUUUUGCCACUUGGUUCUUUGACUAUUGGAUUGGUUCGCCAUCGUGCAUUGUUAUUUAAGGUUCUAGCUGACAGUUUGAGUAUUCCAUCACGAUUGGUGAAAGGAAAGCAAAAUACAGGUUCUGACGAUGUUGCAAUAAACUUUGUCAAGAUUGAUGACGGAAGGGAGUACAUUGUUGAUCUUAUGGCAGAUCCUGGAACUCUUGUUCCAUCUGAUGCUACUGGAUCGCGUAUUGGGUAUGAUGAAACCUUUUUUGUGGCAAGUCCUUCAUCAAGAGACCUUGAUUCGUCUCGUGUAGCAUCAUCUAGCAGUGGAAUUGGAUGUUCAUCUGGAGAAACUUCAGAUUUUGGAAUGCCAGACAGAGGAAACAGAUUAGAACAUUCAGAGAAAGAAUCUGAUGUCUGCAGCAGGAUCACCACAAGAAAAGAAGAACGAGCGAAACCAUUUCAUACAAGAUCAUUUUCAUGGAGCGAAGGGAUUGGUUCCGCUGUAGUAACCAGAAGGAAAACCGAAGACAUUUCGCAAUUUAUGAUCGAUACUGCUAAGGAAAACCCUGAGUUAGCACAGAAACUUCAUGAUGUUUUACUUGAAAGCGGUAUUGUUGCUCCUCCGAAUUUAUUUUCCGACAUUUAUCCUGAGGAAUUAUUUUCCAAAACUGAAGAAAAAGAUGAACAUAAACAAGGAAGUGAACGGCACGAAACACAAUUCGAUGACAAUCUCGGUCCUGCUAAAUUUUCGCCUCACGAAAGAGUUCAUCCAAAAGCAUGUUCUAGAAAUCAGCCACAACAUCCUAAGCUAGGCUUAGGAAUCAAACAUGUCCGAGUCGCUGCCGCAGCUGCCGCAAUUGUUGCAUCUUCUAUGGUAGUUGCAGUGGCAAGGUCAAGUACUGACUCCAACAUUGAGCUUCCGGUCUCGGCAGCUGCUACUGCUACUGCUGCAGCUGUGGUAGCAACUACUGCUGCAUUAAGUAAGUAUGAGAUGAGAAGUCGAAGUGAUGAGGAUGUUGAAGGUUCUGGAACAAAUUUAGAAGGAGAGAGAAGAUCUGGUAGCUCAGUUGUAAGUAAUGAUAGUACAAAAUCUGAUUGUUCUUUAGAUGAUGUUGCCGAGUAUGAAAUUCCAUGGGUGGAAAUCACGCUCGGUGAGCGUAUUGGACUUGGAUCUUAUGGAGAGGUGUAUCACGGUGAAUGGCGAGGAACUGAAGUUGCUGUAAAGAGGUUUCUGGAUCAAGAUAUAUCUGGUGAAGCACUUGAAGAAUUCAUAAGUGAGGUCAGAAUAAUGAAAAAAUUGAGGCAUCCAAAUGUGGUUCUCUUCAUGGGAGCUGUAAUUCAACCUCCAAAUCUUUCAAUUGUUACUGAAUUUCUUCCAAGAGGAAGUUUGUAUAGAUUAAUUAAUCGGUCAAACAAUCAAUUAGAUGGGCGAAGGCGUUUGAGAAUGGCCCUUGAUACUGCUCGAGGAAUGAACUAAUUGCACAACUGCAAUCCGGUGAUAGUUCAUCGUGAUUUGAAGUCUCCAAAUCUUCUUGUUGAUAAAAAUUGGGUUGUAAAGGUAUGUGAUUUUGGCUUAUCACGUAUGAAGCAUAGCACAUUCCUUUCUUCCAGAUCAACCGCAGGAACCGCCGAGUGGAUGGCUCCCGAAAUGUUGAGAAGUGAACCGUCAAAUGAAAAGUGUGAUGUAUAUAGCUUUGGGGUUAUAUUAUGGGAGUUAUCUACUUUGCAGCAACCUUGGGGAGGAAUGAAUCCAAUGCAAGUUGUUGGUGCUGUGGGUUUCCAACAUCGCCGUCUUGACAUUCCGGACGACAUGGACCCUGCGGUUGCAGAUAUCAUCAGGAAAUGCUGGCAGAC